AGCCCGGGGGGAAGAUGGCGGACGGUUCCUUCAGGAGCCGGAGGAGGUGGCGGUGCUGAGAGACAAACUUCACUUCUCGGAUUCUCAAGACGGACGGCUCACUCCAGCUCGUUGGACACAUGCAGGCCAAAAAACGCUACUUAGUCCUGUUCUCCGCCGGUGCCUGUCUCCUUCUGCUGUUUUGUUUCGGGGGGGUUCAAGUCCCGCUGUCCAGACGGGCCCAUCGGCGCGAUGACCGCAGCCUCCCGGGGCUGCACCCCGGGGCGCGGUGGCGGCGCUGGCCCGGGUACCUGCAGCCUUUCAGCGCCUUGGACAGGGACACCAGCGAUGAUCUCAGUGGACACAUGUCCCCCAGGCAGAAGAGGGACUCUAACUCUGGCGUUUACACUGGAAGACGCUGCCGGAUGGAGUCCUGCUUUGACUUCUCCUUGUGUGAGAGGACUGGGUUUAAAGUUUAUGUGUACCCCCAGCAGAAAGGAGAAAAACUCUCUGAGAGUUACCAGAACGUCCUGUCCUCCAUUGAAGGGUCCAGGUUCUACACACUGGACCCAGGACAGGCGUGCCUUUUCGUCUUGAGCUUGGACACCCUGGACCGGGACCAGCUUUCGCCAUAUUACGUGCACAACUUGAGAGCAAAAAUCCAGAGCCUUCCUCUGUGGAACGAGGGCAGAAACCACAUCAUCUUCAAUUUAUAUUCUGGUACCUGGCCAGAUUACACAGAAGACCUCGGCUUUGACAUCGGCCUCGCCAUGUUGGCCAAGGCCAGUAUCAGUACAGAGAGCUUCAGACCCAACUUUGACAUUUCUAUACCCCUGUUUUCUAAAGACCACCCAAGGACAGGAGGGCAAAGGGGAUAUUUGAAACACAACACUAUCCCUCCAUACAGGAAGUACAUGCUUGUUUUUAAGGGGAAAAGAUACCUGACUGGAAUAGGUUCAGACACUAGGAAUGCUUUAUACCAUGUGCACAACUCUGAGGACGUGGUCCUUCUCACUACAUGUAAACAUGGCAAAGACUGGGAGAAACACAAGGAUGCUCGCUGUGAUAAAGACAACGCAGAAUAUGACAAGUGA